AUGUCUCAGGCUGCCGACUCUGCCAUUUAUGGCGAUGCUGCAAAAUUCCACAAACCCGGAGAAAAUUACAAGACAGCGGGCUAUGUAGUAACAGGUCGGACAGAAGCCUUACUAAAGCAGCAUCUGGCUGCCACUGGUGGCAAGGUCAUUACGCGCUUUCCUCCAGAACCUAAUGGAAUUCUACACAUUGGACAUGCGAAAGCGAUCAACUUUAAUUUUGGCUACGCUAGAGUAGGAAUUCUAGAGCUCGGUUAUUCUUCUAGAAAAUGGGUGGUGUAUGCUACCUCCGCUACGACGACACGAACCCUGAAAAUGAAGAAGAGCGUUUUUUUGACGCGAUUCUGGAUAUGGUUGAAUGGCUCGGUAUGUUAAUUAAGGAAAAACUUCUAUUACCUAGGGUUCAAACCGUACAAAAUUACCCACGCAUCCGAUAAUUUCGGUCAACUAUAUGAAUGGGCAUUAAAGUUGAUCGACCUCGACCUGGCUUAUGUUUGUCAUCAGCGCCCAGAGGAACUUAAAGGUUUCAACCCCCCUCCUUCGCCCUGGAGGAAUCGUCCCAUCGAAGAAUCAAGGCAACUUUUUAUUGAUAUGAAGAAUGGCAAGGUACUUCCACAAAGAUAACCCUGCCAAGAGAAGCUGUUUCCUUUCCCACUAGCUUUUUAGUUACGCGCUUUUGAAAAAGCUUGCCCAUACAUCCUUUUGGACAUUUUCCCUGGUCGUUGAAAUCGUUGCUUAUUGCCAUGCCUGCGCUCUACCUGCUCCUAAUUUAAUUUUGUAAAAUGAGAAUAAAUACUUGAGGUCCCCGAAACGAAGGCCAUGUGCAAGUGGCUUGUGCAAAGAUUCGCGCAUCAGUAGUUGUCGUGUUCAUCAUCGUAGUACUGGACAACAGUUAUGGAGUCCUCCUUCUGUGCAAAAUAGCGGGCGCAGGCCAUCCAGCAUUUGUGUUGAUGCUUGACUGCAUGUGUCGGAAAUUUCCAGUAAGUGGUCGUAUUAGUAUCUCCGUCUGGUAUGAUUUCCUUUAGACUUGCCAUUUUCACUUAACACAGUCAACGGGCCCAUACUAGUUUGCACACAUAAGCGCUAUCUCGUAUUAAAGGCUCGUGAAAUGCAAGACUCCUUUGCUGGAUGCUGCUUCUUGCCAAGAUUGUAGUGCCUAACGCACUUUCUCUGUUUCUCAGUUUCACUCUCUGCCCGAUAUGCGGCGUUUUAGCAAAAAAACUUGAUAUCUUAUUUAAUACAGCCUAGAGGUAGUUAGUUUGAUCGUAAGAAUAGCAAGUUUCAAUAUUGCAGUUCUAUGCUAACUAACACGCGGAUACGCUGAUGUUAACCACAUUGCAGAACACUUCACCAGAAAUAUUCAAUGUGAGCUUAGUGGUUAAGCACAUUUUUCGUGAACUCAUCUUGAGUGGUCAGGUCUGAAAAUUUGUCUCCGGGGAAACAAAAACUCGGAAAACAUCGGCAUAUUUGACGUCUCUCGCAACUACUCGUUAUCCAACUUCAAAGUUAACUCUCGCCACCUCAAAGGGCUGAUGUUGAACCUUGCCGGUGUUACAAACUUGCAGAUUUUACAAACUUUGCAGAUUUUUUUUUCUUGCAGAUUUUCUGACAAAGUAGGUUUUGCAACUGAACAGGGAGGAAGAGAAUUGUCUCAUCUUCCGUUUUUCAAGCUGACUGUGAUGCUUAAUGUGUCUGAUUGAUCUUUAUGCGCCCCUUUAGCCCUAGUUCUUGUUUUCUUAGGAAGUAAGCAGGGGCAGACAGCAAAUGUUUUGAUUUAGGUGAUUCCUAUGCUUCCGUUUCCUCAAAAAAUAUUACAAAUCUAGAUUGAAGAAGGCGCAGCGACUCUGCGCAUGAAAACGACUCUUGAAGACGGCAAACAGGAUCCCGUCGCAUACCGCAUAAAGAUGCAACCUCAUCACCGAACGGGCAGCGAAUGGUACCCCUGUUUUUAACACAACUGUUUCAUUUUUUCCUACGUUUAGGUGCAUUUACCCUACUUACGACUAUACCCACUGCCUUUGUGAUUCUAUCGAGAACAUCACUCACUCCCUUUGUACUAAGGAGUUCCAAUCCAGGUAAUUGCGUGAUAAUUUCUACUUAAAAUUCUGCACUAUAUUCUGAUAUAAAACUCCACAAAGGUUGCAACAGCACGUAAAUUCCUAUUAAUGUUGGUCAGUUUGGUGGGUAUCGUGUUAAGCAUCAAUUAGGCUUGUCGGUAAACGUUUGAGUUUGACAGGACAUGCCAUGUCUCGGUCAACUGAGAUUCAGGUGAUGGCCAGGUCUUUUGCUCAUUCGCACGCCAAACAUGUUUUACCAUAUCUGAUUUACGUUCUGCGUUCAGAUAGGCACGCGGUACUUUAACAUACAAUUAGUCUUAAUGUCCACAGUGGCCACACUUUCUAGAAUUCUAAAGCUUACAAAUCGAGGUAGCGCAUUGAACCUGGCAUUGUUCUGUCUCAUGUCCUCAGGCUAAGAGACGGAGCCAGAUGAGUUUCUUACUUAUUCCUACUGCGCUCCUUAACCAGGUUAGGCGCUAAUAAUUACGUAACUGAGCUCAUGGAUAUAUAGCAUGACCAUUCAUAUGGUUAGGGGUAUAUUUCCAGGUUCCGUCGAUUUUUAGCGAGGAUUCUAUUUUGACGAAUCCUGCGCGCAGUCAAAGGUAAACUGAUGUUGUUAUUCGUGGCUUUGCAAAAUUGGAGCGUUGACGCUGACUUUGGCCUACGAUUAGACGAACCAUCCUGAUGAUCUUUCCCUCCACUUUACCAUACGCUUUCGCGUUCCCCUAACAUAAUCCCCAUCGAGAGAAGAGUAUGCUGGAAAAGAGAUCUAUUUCAGUGCGUGUGUAAUUAAUGGUCAAGCUGUUGGCCAAUUAAGCGAUCUGCGAACUGAUCCCCUCCCCUCCUAGUGCACCAUUUAUAUCUGUAUAUAAUGUUUAGGAAUUUGGAUUAUUCUUGCACGCAAUGUGGUCUCACGUGGGCGCAGUACUGAUAUAAAUACAAAAUCCGCACCAUUACAACUAAAAACCUUACCAUUGGUAUCACUGAAAUGUAUUGGAGGACUAUCGCUUAGAAUGUACAAGCGUUGUGCAGAAGUUUUUGAGACUGUUCGCGUACAAAGGGCCAACACGUCAAUCAAGAAUGUUAGACUGGAACACCGAGGAGCGAUAUUUUCGAUGAACAAUCCAUCCGCCUUCACUGAUGACCCAUAUCGGUUUUAUGGGUCACUUUUGUGACCAUCGCAACACGAUCAACAAUGUUGACCCCGGUUUAGCACAUGCUUGAAAUGCGAGGGAACGUUUCGGGCCACUGUUGCCCUCACUGGCCAUCUCUAUGUCCAUCACAUAACGGGCUCUGUAUCCCGAGCCGAUCUCGCUGCCACCGACCAAGCUGUCAUAAUCUGUACGUCUGCUUGCUGUUGGACUACAGUAAUCUGCGCAAUGGCGAACAGGCCACACCGAAUCGCCUACCUUAGUGAUGUCUACGGUCCCAUCAUGGGAUCAAAUUUAUGAAGCAUUCUGCGUAGAAGCUGCAUGCUCGUGCUGUUCAUGACGGUCACUUCCAUCGCUUUGCCGUCCGCCAUAUUUACAUUCGCUGACCCGCCAUUUUUGCUUUAAGUACGGCCAGUUUGCAAAAGUACAGUCACGUUUGUCGUUGACAAGUAUCGUCAAUAGCCAUAACACUCCACUUUCCGAUCCCUAACUUCACUACAGUUUAUCCGAAAUCAUCAGAUGUGGCUUCAUACGGAAACGAUUGUAAUGACUUAUCUCCUUCCCUUGCAACACCGAUGAUGUUAACGGUAAAGCUAAUUGAAUGACGAGUAUUUAGAUGCGAGCUGUCUAUAGAAGCAGACAUUUGAAGGUUCAUUAGACGAGCGAGGAAGAGGUAGUCUUCAACAACAGUCGCUAUGGGAAGCACAACAGUAAGGACAUCAGUGUGUCGAACAAACUUGGUUGAUUCGUUUUCACUAGUUUGUUAGACAUUCCACCAACAAGUAGGUCUGCCCGUCGCAAAUUCUAAUUCCACGUGUUCCUCUUCAAUCUAGUUGCGCUGCCACACAGUUUUCAUCUUAGUAAUUAUUUUAUGAACAGAGCCUUAUUGAUGGACAUAAUCGCGUGUUCAGAUUGGCAAAGUUGAGAGAUCCGGGUCGAUUAUUUGAAGAAGAAGAAGAAGAAGAAGGUUGGCUCACCGGAACAGGUUUAUUAGGAUGCUGACGUUUCGAAGAGCUUGCUCGGCUCUCCAUUGUCAAAGCGUAAAGUGCAGUUAAUCCACCAGGAGUCCUAAGUGGCGUGUCACGCUAGUCGGCCUCGUGGUGAUCCAUUUUUUUUCUCUCCUCUUGCUGCCGCGGCCUAUCGGGGGAUGGUUGACGGGCGUUUUGUCUGCGUACGUUGUGAGUUACCACUCCGCCGGGGGGAGGUGACUGAACCAGUAUCGGGUGGUCGGUCUGGCGGUUCUUUUUCUUCUUCACCGAGUAAACUCGCCGUCGGGCUGUCUCCGUAUGGCCUUCUUAAGUCCGGUGUGGUUGUUUGGUCCUGAGCUCUACGAUUGCGAUGACGUAUGACUUUGUAAGCGCAGGAAGGUCCAGAUGCCUGUUGAUGGAGUGGGCAUCGGAGAACUACGCCUCGAGAGUUAGCCGUUCGGCUUUUGUGUUGCCCCGACCUAAGAUGGUAUCUCGCUGGAGAUCGAAAGUAUGCCCAGUUUCUCCGGCAUGUGUUGCUAAUUGAGAGUUUGGGUCUAACCGUAUAGCCGAUUUGUGCUCUUGUAGGCGAGUCUGCAAUUUCCGCCCGGUUUCUCCCACAUAGUUAAAGUCGCCCUCUUUGCAAUUUAUUUUGUAGAUAACUGCAGAGGUUUCAGCGGGUGGCAAUGGGUUCUUGGGUUGCAUCAGACGGCGUCGAAUUGUUACCUGUGGUCGGUGGGCUAUGCCUACUCUGGCAGGUUGUAGCAAUCGAGAGACCGCCUCAGAGACCCCUUUAACGUAGGGAAUGGCCCUCCAGACUUCAGGUUGCUGCUCAUUUGGCCGUUGUCUGUGCGCCCGACGUCUGCUUCUCUCGAUAAAAUGUCUGGUGUAUCCAUGGGCUGCAAAUAGGUUCUGAAGAUACAUUCGUUCGUCUCUUUUAUCUUCUGGCGUGCUGCAAUGUGUUUCGACUCUUUGGAAUAGAGUGCGGACACAGCUACGUUUGUGAGACAGAGGAUGGUUGCUGUUGAAGUGUAGGAUCUGUCUCGUGUCGGUGGAUUUCCGGAAUACUGCGGUAAAAACAUUGUUGGAGAUUUCAAGGCUCAUUUCAUAGUAAUGCAAACGCCGGUGAUAAAUCUCUACGGAUGCUUAUUACAGGAUCGGAAAGUUCGACUUUGUUUAUGACAUACUUUCAAGUCAGCAUAGGCUGCCUUUGUCGAUGAUAUCAUAAAAUGUUGUCAUAAAUUUUACCGUCUUCCACUGGCACUACGUCCUCGCUGGCAUUAAGACUCUUCCGGGCUACUUUUCAAAGCUUUAAGCAAAAUCCACCAUCUAAUGGUGUCGUGACAAUAAUUAAUGAACGUAGUGGUUCGUGCUUAAGUGGACAAUUGACGUCUCAGACCGAACUGACCCCGUCGGCUUGUGGUAGGGAUCGUGGACAAUGCACCGCCUGUCAGAUCUCAAGGUGCAUCGACAAAGAGCAGGUAACAAACGAUAGCGGCCGUUCUGGAACCUCUCGGUAGCUGGCAUGGCGCAGAACCUCCGCCCAACUCGUGUCACGUGCACGUCCGACGAUAACUAAGAGAUCGGUGCAACCCGCCCGAAGCCUACGCCAAAGACAUAAACACUAAUAACAUCGGCUGCUACCACUAUCACCAUCGCUAAUAUAAUCACGGUCGCCUUCACCCUGAUAAUCCUCGUACGCCCUCCUAGUAGUGCGGGUCAGCGUUUAUAAUGUUUUGCAACUUAGAGACAAUUAGUGAAUAAGUGAGGUAGUUGGCGUAAUAGAUGCCAAAGAGAUUGACGUCAUUGUAAUAUAGGAGAAAGGAAUACAGUAUGACUUAAUCCAAGUACUUGCAGAAUACUGCUAACGUCAACUGAAUGUCAUAUAUCAAUCGGCCUCGCACAGAGGACAGUCGGGUAGGCUAGACCAGAUUUGUAAAAGGCAGUCAGUUUUAACUUCUCACCGUCUACGUCGUUUCCUUUGAAGUUUACGAUAAGGGCCGUAGGUUAGGACACUCCUAUUCGCUUGUGUCUACAGAAUAAUCCCUGCUGUGAGCCGAUCUUAGAUACUACGUUCAGAGUAUGUGCAGCAUCAACCUAUAAAAUUCCUCUGCGUUUCCCAGCCUUAUCUGAUAUAAGUAGAUGUAUGCGCUGCUUUUUUUUAACCGUACUCUUUUGCACCUGAGACUGCCACGGUGAUGCACGGUGACAGAAAACGACCCACAAAAUGCGCAGUGUUUAUCGCUGUUUGUAUCAGCACACACCUCCCCCGCCCGUCUUCUGGGCCAGGAAUAGUACACGUUUUCGUGCUUCAUAGGUCGGCGUUUUUUGCUGCUUUUGAAGCUGAAGCGCGCAAGACUGUGAAUCUUGUGCCUUUAGUUAGUCUGGCUUUUGGACAAGGAUAAUCCGGAACUCGUUUAUACUUUCAGUAAACACAGUUACUGAACUGGGAUACCGUCUCAUGACAAUCUCCUGGGCAAUGUGCCCUUUCGGAAAUGCGGCGUGAUUCACGCGACGGAAGUUUUAUUUCACGAUCCUCACUUUCACAAAAGUGUUUAUUAUGAACCGGGAAAAAAUAUGCAGUUUUUCGUUAGGCGUCCCCACAUUUAAAGCGAUCCUAGGCCUUCCAGGCCAGUCUGACUGAAGUGAUGUAUUUUUCUGACAUGUUCAACGGAACAUUUCGUGAAUUCUCCCUCUGCAUUUGAAGUGACAUUUGGGGAGCCCAACCUCUCCAACAGGUAAAGUUCUGGUGUACUGUGAGACUACGAUUGGGACUAUGCAGUAAUUGGCUACUCUCAACUGCCCUCAACUCGUCCAUUAUUCGACGCUAAAUGUUAUGCUUCACCCCCGCCCCGCACUACGUACACUUACCUAUAUUCUCGACACCCAGACGCUCUUCCUACUACUGGCUCUGCAAUGCUCUGGACAUCUACUGUCCUGUCCAGUGGGAGUACGGUCGCCUGAAUCUGCUCUACACUGUCGUCUCGAAGCGAAAGAUCCUCAAAUUAGUAAGCGCAGGCAUUGUGGCCGACUGGGAUGAUCCCCGUCUCUUCACUCUCACCGCCCUUCGUCGUCGUGGCUUCCCUCCAGAGGCGGUCAACAAGUUCUGCGAGCUGAUUGGCGUGACAAUGAGUCAAACAGUCCUUGAUCCCAUAGUUCUUGAAGCCUGCGUCCGGGAUCACCUCAACAAACACGCUCCACGUGUUAUGUGCGUCCAGGAACCCCUACGUUUGACAAUAGAGAACUGGAAGGACAUCUGUGACAAGCCGGUUAUGGAGGCAAGCUUGACAUUGUAUUAUAUCAUGGUUACCUCUAAUAUUGGGUUGCUUCCCUUGUCGUUCAAUCCGCUUCCUAUUUUUUGAAGUUUUGUUCGUGAAUGAAAUUUCCAAGUACUACCGGGCAUAAUGUGCCAACGAAAUAGGUCUUGGGAGCAGUGGGAGGCGAGCUUACAAGGGAAUGACCACAACAACUUCUGCCGCUGUCUCUCGGCCGCGUAUUAAACUUUCCUGCAGUCCGGUCACAGACAUGUGUCUUACAAAUGUCAGCGGCUAGAUGCAAGGAAGUGAUUUUGGCCAUUGGCGAAGCACUGGCAAAGACGAAGGAAGCUGCAGUAGUCAUUUCUAACUCCUUUGUUGUCAGCAGUGGCUGUUUCUGUUUCGGACUAUUUACAGGGCCAUGCAUGUACUUAGAAAAGGACUCCUUUUUGAUCACAUGCCUGGAUGGUAUCUCCGGCCCCUACAACUGGCCACGGGGGAGACGCGCUGGACCAGCGCGGGGGUUAGUUGAGGGCACGGCACACGUUAGUCGGGCCGCGCACCCAUAACAAUGCCACUCAUGAGAUGUGGUGGCGCGCCUAGGCGCAGACCAACGCCGCGCCAGUCAUUUGCGUCCAAUCCUGUAUCAGGUAGUUGAUCGAUCCGAACAGUGGACUGGUGUCUGGAAGAGAGAAAAAAGAGUAAGGUCGACCCUGGGGACUACCCAAGGCACUCCAGCACAUUUCCUCACUAAAAGAAACCCGACGCACUUUUAGCCUAUCAUACCGCGCGAAAAACCGUGGCUCAAAAGACUGUCAACUGACGGGCUAGCUCAGUUCUCUCAAGACAGAGAGUCAGGAUACAGCGGCUCCUUACUAGUGUGGCCUCUAUGGCACUGACACUCAGUUGGUAUCCGAACCACCUCCCUAUCCUCUUUCCGUGGAGACCUGGCCCACCGUGCGCGGACCAGGCGUGUGACACACACAGCUUUGUCAGGCACUGUGUCCGAUUUCACCCCCAGCCUCGUAACCGGACAUAGGUUUUUGAAGAGAGAGAGAGAGAGAGAGAGAGAGAGAGAGAGUGCGGCAAAUGCAAUACAAGUCUAACACUAUAAACCAAUUCGCGCGCAAGUCGCCGUCCUUGCGCGCCCACCCUGCCGCGGUACACACGCUAGACCUCAUCGUCCACAAUGGUCGAACGGUCGUCGACUGACAUCCUCCAUCUUUUUUCCGUAACCACCCCAUGAAUCUGCUAGAAACGACCUCCCUUCGGGGUUUUCUUUCCUCAGUGCUGCCCACCUGUUUAAGUGGGAUUCCAGACUGCCCCUCUGCCAAUUCAAUAAAAGUGUGCUACUGAAACAAUAUCAGCAACACGAUUACUGAACUUUUAUAUCCUCCGAGACAUUGUAUUGCCACACGGCAACUGCCGCCUUUCGAAGGCAUCACCCGUAGAAUAAACUGCAUAGUAAGGAAACGGGUGGCCAAUGCAGCAGGGGAACUAUUUGUUUAUUUUUCUGUCCUCUCGAACCCGUAGGACAGUCCAUUGUCAGCGCUAGUAGCAACACAUGAACGAACCAACUGCCUGUGCUGACUGCGCACGGUUCUGCUUGCGCAAGAAAUCGGUAUACUGGCUGACCUAGUUCUUAUGAUAGGCGCAGACCUCGAUCAACGCCCUGCACUUAUAUCACCGACUGCAAAAUUAAAAUGGUAACCCAUUUCGCAGAUGAUAACAGCAACUUGGGCUUAUUAACUAAUUCUUCGUAGGGCAUACACGUAACGAUGUGAGCGCUUUCUUACUUGCGCUGCUCAUGAUACAGUCCGCAUCUUUUAAAAUAUUUCGCGAGCGUCUUGUGACCUCUACAUAAAGACAUGAAAGGCCACAUUGAUUCGUUUUUGGAGAUUGCACCGCGCUAAUUAGCUUUCUAACUUCAAUUGAAGAACGUUUUUUAUGUAGGCGCCUAUUUAAAGGGUUCGUCAAGAACUUAACUGUUGGGCGCAGGAUAGAUAUUCUGUCGACUGCUAUCAGGAAUAUCAAACCAAAUGGAGGUGAUUGUCAUCGGUAUUUCGCGACCGCAGUCACAGUGCUGGCGAUUCCGUUUUUCUCCGACCAGGAAUUUUUGUAAGCGAUCGCUUACUGUUACGGACAAGGCAUAGGAAGCUGAAACUACAAUUUCGGAUUUCUCAUCUUCAGCUAGCCAGCAAUUCAGCCUCAGGCUGGGAGGUCCCUGUGCUCGGAUCGAAACCCUUUUGUAAUUGAGCGUUGAAUCGACAAUAUGAUUGAGCCGCAAUUCUCCCCCUGUCAGUUAUUGUAUUCUAAUCCCUAUGCCACCGCUGUGAGAGUUGUGGAUGGCAUCUUCAAGCUAAAAUGAAAUCACCUUUAUUUCGUCCUACAACCAUGGUAGGUCGGCGAGCGCCACUUCCGUGUGACUUAAUGCUGGCAGUCAACGGAGCGGUUAGCACGUGGCCUAAUUGUAGAGAGUUGCAGCCGAUGUUCCAUGGACUUCGGCUCAUACCGCAGUGCGUUGCAGUCAAGUGUGUUGUAACCGGUGCGCACUGAGGAGUGCGAAGUAAGUUUACUAACGAACAUUUAUCCUCAAUGUCCAAAGCAUUUUUUCCGUUUUUGGCAUACGGGGUGAUAGAAGGUGGAACUAGGCAAUAUCUUUUACAAUCUCUACAAGACUGUCACCGGAAUUUAGGCGACGAAGGCGCUUGUCUAGCGCAACGAUAGACUCGAUGGGCACAUUAAUUACAGCAUUCGCACGCGACUAUGCGACCCUCUUGUCAUCCCUUCUGGGGUGGCCGCACUAGUUUCUCACGUAAACGACAACUCCGCGGGCGGACUUGGCAAAGAUUUAUUCGUAGGGGCUUUUGGUGGACUCCGUACGUUGUAAUUUCGAGUCGACACUACCAGUUUCCACUUUUGCUAUUUUGAGUAGAGCUGAGAGUUGAAUUCACUUAGUAAUUUUAUGCGCGCUAUGCUGUCCGUUGCAGGAAACGUAUAUACUCGAAUUGCCUCGCCUGGUACAGCGGCACCUUCACCGCCUCAGUCAGACUGCAGAGGUAGAUUGUAAAGAUCAGUGAGUCACAUUACAAAAGGUGGAAUCCGAAGCCGUGUAAGAUGCGGGCUGUUUUUCACCUAGGUUCAUGUUCUUGCGUCCUGCUGGGGGAGGGAGGGGGAGGUAUAUAAGCGACUCCAACUAGUGUCUGACUUAUUAACGGUUACAGUUAGCAUUCGUCAACCCAUAAGACGCCUACGUUGCACUUUCAGAGGAUGACUUGUUUAGAUUACAAUAGGUUCGCCCAGCGAGUUAGGGGAGGUUUGAUAUUGAUUAAUCCCCAUGGCAGGCGAGUCUGGCCUGGGCAGCUCAGAACCAAGGGAACCCCAGGCGAGCUUGAGGGAUCGGUGAUUCGUAUUACGCUUCACACGACCGCAACCACGCAAACUGUAGCAGUUUUUUUUACAGAAAUUGGUGGCCCAGAUCUCACGUUCGUAAGAGUGCCAUGGAGACCACAUCAAGAAGGGACCACUGAGCCUGACUCUGUCCACGAGUUGGUCAUCCCAUGAAGGUCAAGUUACCCCCUCAGUUGCCAGUCAUCCAAGUCACGCGGGUGAUACAUAACACUUUUGUUGUGAACGCCUGCAUAUCACACAAGAAAACGCAAGUAUUUAUGGAACCGAUUGCACUGCCAUCCCUGGUUACUUUUUAUUGCCAUUUUCGUGAUGCGCUUUUAAGUUAGUUUAAUAACAGUUAAGUCCCUUACAUGUUUUCAGGACUGCCAUGUUGAAUCUCGGGUUCACUCUGUUAAAGGUUAGCUGCAGGUGUGAAAUUACGUCUUGUCUAAUCAAAAGUAUGGCGAAUGCGGUGGUCAUGCCAACCAUGAUUUGUUUGCUUCCUCUCACCCCCCGUUUGCCAUCCAUGUCAUGAAAUGACUAGGAAAAUUCAUCUGUUGUUCCAACACACUUGUCCCUUUCCACCAUCCUCCUUCUGCCCGAUGUUUAUUUUGCGUCACAGCUUGUGGUCUUUAGCGUUCACGUUUUAUACGGUAAUCCCACUUUUCUUGUUGCCCUGUGGCACAGAAGCCCAGCCCAGAAAAUGGCCAGAUCAGCAGUCUGCCUUGGAGCCGGAUAGCACGUUUACUACGUGCCUUUUCGGUCGUUUGCAUUCGACGGACCAGGGUAGAUACUGAAUCCCUACUUCCCUUCCUCCCCAGACAACAUUAUCGUUUAAUUCUCAACCCGUCACCAUUUCGAGCAACCGGCUACUUUACGACAGGCUGGCCCGUGUUUCGUUUGCGUGACAUAAUUAACCCUUCUGAUUGACCUUGGCCGUAAAGCGCUAACUGCUUCCAAAGGACCCACUUAUUCGUGCGAGAGUAGUCGAUUUUCUCAGUCAGUCGGUUGGACUUUUUGACAAAUAGGCCUACAUACCUACUUGGCAACGACAGCUGUACAAAUUACCGAUGAAAGCUUGCUGUAACUUGAAGUGUCUUUGCGGGAUCUUCAAGACAAAAUAUCAGAAACCGAGCCCAGUCAUCAAAUUUCGGAAGAAAAUAUUGUGCUCGACACAUUUCUUGCAUUGGCACGGAUUCAACUGGGUAGUGGUUGAUGCCAUUCGUACGCCCUCUCAGUAGGGUUGUCUUACUGCAGCCCUUUUGAGGGGUUCCCAUCCAGGACGGACGAGAGGGGCCCUAUGAAACAAUAGCAAGGCCUUUGUCUAAUCGCCUGUGAAUUAUCAAGGAGUCCAGCUAGACACACGAAUACAAUUUUUAGAUCGACCACUUAUAACAUUAGGACCAGCAGGUAUCAGCGUAGUCGAAGACGGGUCUGCUACCCCUGUCGAUACAUCAUCCCUGUCAAAUUACCCUCAAAAUUAGGAGUGUGCUACACCGUCAUCUUCACCCCAACAGUGUCAUUUGAAUUACUGAAGCGCGCUCUCCUUUGUGCGAACGGAGGGUCACAUGCCAGCGUACGAAGAUGCCGUAAUAACAGACUUUGGAAAGUGAGCAUCGAAUUAGUACCGGUUCUUAUUAACUAUUAAUUGAUGCCUCUUAGGUAUCGAAAUGACUACAUGAGGACAGAUGCGUUCAUCCCGAUGAAAUGGUCGAUCAGCCUCCUCCGAAAUUGGGUUUCCUAGUUCUUCUGUCCCUCUUUCAUUCACCUGUUACUUUCCCCCGCUCAUGCGUCUUGAACCCCUUUGACUGCCGGGGAAGGAGUCGCUAAAAGCAUUUAUUUAAGUGUUGGCCUUGAUCACUCAGUGCAACGCUGAGUGUUUCGAUUUAAUUUGACGGAGGGAGGUUAGCGCGUGGCCAUUUUAUGGUAGUAAGGAGAAUUUUAACCUUGCCUCUCCUUGACCAUCAUUGGUUUGAGACUGUCAACAACAGCAACCAUCCACUGCAACACAAACGAAGCUGUGUACGCACGAUAUACCUACGUGUGGGAAAUCAUUGCAGUACGCCAGCUGCCAAACUGGACGAGAUGAAGCUUUUCAAAGAACUGUUCGGAGUCAACGGCUAUCCGCGAGCAUUCGUUGAACGGAGCCGGAGGCAACCAAAGAAGCGGAAUUAAGGGCCUAGUCAGCCAAAAUCGUGACGGAGCAUUCUGUACACCAAAGGAGUCUCUGAAGCCGUGGCUAGAUCCCUCGCGCCGCUCGGAAUAGGCGUUGCCCACAGGCCCGACUCAACAAUCCGCCGGAAAGUGAUGCGACGAAAAGACCCUACCCCUAAACAGGAGAUGUCGGUUGUCGUCUGCCGACUCCAGUGCAGCUGCGGGAAGUGCAACUACGUUGGGGAAACCGGCCGACGGCGGCAAACGCGAAUUCACGAACAUAAGUAGGCCGUGCGAAGGUUGGAUCCAAAGUCGGAGGUAGCAACCCAUGCCGCGCAAAUGAGACACAUCUUCAACUUUGACGCCGUUGAGAUUGUGAGCCGGGACGAUGAUCAUACAAUAAGGCAGGUGCAAGAAGCCUGGAUGUCCACCGACUGCUCUGUCAAUCGUCACAUCAAUUUACCUCCCCCUAUGUGGAUUUACGAGCCUUCUUGACGGGGGACAGUCACGCCACUGGACAAUCGAGCCCGUCAACUAUCUUCGCGGCCGACGAGGGCGGGGACUAUUGAGGUCACGGUGACAUGCGGAUCGGAUGCAGCCACACAGGCGGCAUUGGCGGACCACACAUCAAAGUGCGCCAUAUAAGGAGCGCUGUGCGCACGACUUCCCAGUCUCUGAAGAUGGGUAGACGAAGCAACUACUCGAAAUGUCAGGCCUCUAAUAAACCCCUUUCGGCGAACACCUCGUCUUCUUUUGAAGUGCCACCUGAGAAUCGCAUUUUCACUACUAUUUCUGUCAACAGUGCCUGUUACCGUCAACUGUUUCUUCUCAAACAGUGCUGACAAACAGCCUCCAGCAAUGCGCUUGCUCAGCGUCCGCCCACUGCCCCUUCCGCCAACUCAUUCGCACACUUUCUAAACUCACGAAUGGAAGAGAAUAUGCGCAUUCCAGGCUAUUGUGUAAAAGAAGACGAAGGUGCGAUCACUGGGACGGUAAAUUUAUUGGCCUUAGCUUUCGAAAUGGAACUGGAGUUCAUCAGAGACUGCUAGGGUACAACAACGUGUGAACAUUUAAACCGUUGUUCCGUGCGGGGGGGAAUACGUCCGUGGCUAGGUCUGAUUUGUGCUGCCUGGCCCACAAUGGUCCCCCGGCGUGGUGACGCCGUUUGUACUUCGCGGCGAUGUGAGCUGCGCCACCCGGCUGCGUGGGCGGAGGGCAUGAUAACACGCAGGCAAAUCAAUGCGUCUACUGAUAGAGUUGGUGUCCGACACCCACGCCUCCAACAGUUCUCGCCCCCUCUUGUUGCCGGCUUGCGCCAAUAUUGGCGUGUUGGCGAAGUCGUACUCAUGGCCUUCCUCCAGCAUGUGAGUGGCGACUUGAGAUAGUGGUUCGCCUCUCCGAACGGCCCGUUUGUGCUCAAGUAUUCGUGAGCUGAGACGUCCUGUUUGACCUGUGUAGUGGCAAGGACAGUUAUGGCAGGGAAUUUGAUAGACUACGCCCGACUGCUCACCUGCGUCCAGCCGAUCCUACAUUUUCAUGGCCCUGAUACGCAUGGUAGCCGCCGGAUGAUGGGCGAUGCCCACGCCUAACUCUGACGCAGUCCGUUCUGUAGCCUCGGACACAUUCUUUAUGUACGGUAGAGAGUGCCAAAUUGUUGGAGUCUCUCUUCCGUUUGUCCGUCGUGGGUGCGUGCGUAUGCAGCGGUUGAUGAAACUAUUUGGGUGUCCGUUCUUUGUUAAUUGGCCCCUGAGAUGCCGUAGUUCUUGCAUCCUUCCUUCGGGCUCGCUACAGUGCGUUUUUACUCGGUCGAAAAGCGUCCUAACAUAGCCUCAUUUGUGCACCAAUGGGUGGUUGCUAUGAUAGUUGAGGACCUGGGCUGUAUUGGUCGCCUUUCUGUACACUGUAGAGUUUACCAUCAGGUGUGCGCGUGACGAGCACGUCAAGGAAGGGUAGUUUCUCGGCCUCCUCGUCUUCUCUUGGAAGACGCCGUUAAGGAAGAUGCUGUUAAGCAAGUCUUGAAAACCCGAUAGCCUGUCCUUUUCAAUAAUGACCAAUGUAUCGUCCACGUAUCGGCGCCAAAACGCAGGUUUUUAGUGGCUGAAAGCAACCUUUUCCAGCUCUUGUAGGGCCAAUUCCGCAACAAGGCUGGAUAUUGGGGAACCCAUGGGCGUUCCUUUGAUUUGUUCUCAUGUUCUGCCAUCAAAGGUGAAAAAAGUUCGUUGGCAGAACGCAAAGAGCUGCAUUAGGUGCUGGAUCUUUAAGGACCGCAUCGUUUCGUCGUACUUUUCUUCGAGGCGUUUGCGUAGCCCGUCGCGCGCCAUGUCUGGUGGGAUGGACGUCGAAGGAUACCAUGAUUUGGUCGGGCCGAAUUGACGGACGUCACACAGCCCUCUCGGAGAAAAUUGAGCUUUCGGGACAUCCAUUUGGCUAAAUUGUAUGUGGGGCUGUCUUUCAGGGCAACGAUUGGCCGCAGAGGAACGUUGGGUUUGUGGAUUUUUGGUAGUCGAUAGAACCUGGUCAAUGCUGUGUCGGUUGGUUUUUUUCUGGCGCCAAUUUUUCAAGCGAGAUUACAUUGUUGCUCCGGAGUCGACUUAAGACUCCAGUCAGCUGGCCAUUCAUCGAUUUAGCCUGCGAGGCGGGUGCGGACUUGUAGGACUGUUGGUCGUCCAGGAGAGCUUGUGCCUUCUCGUUGUAAUCAACGCGGUUCAUCACAACCGUUGCUCUUCCUUCUUCGGCCGGUAGCACUAUAAUAUCUUUGUCCACUUUUAAUUUCUUCAUUGCUUCUAUUUCUGCGGGUUACAUAUUGCUAGCGUGCGUGUUCGUCAUCAGUCAUUAGUACACAACACCAACUUGGUUUGCGUACUGGCAUCUGAGCUCCCAGUAUAUCCCCAACUUCGACUCUGGUAGAGGGAGAAGCUAAAGAUUCCAGAUGCUGCCUAUGCCUGCGGUGAGAGUCAGGCUGCUCGCAGUUGUUUCGCUUCUGCCGAGCUGGCGUUGUUGGAUGCGGCGACAAAAGUCGUUUUAACGGACUUUUAAGUUGCUAAUAGAAGCCAGUUCCAGGAAGAUGUCGCGAAGAUGGAGACACGAUCGGUGGAACAAGAGCCAAAUUGCCCAAGAGCCCACACGGAUGACGAAAUCCGGCCGUCAGCAACUCGACUGCGUGCGAUGAGCGUGGGAAUCGAUAAUCUUGACCGACACUCAGGGGCAUAGCAACUGCACACUUAAACACCUGGCCAGUCGAGCCGUGAUGUACUCGGGAGCGGCCAACUGUGACAGGCAUGUAGCGGCCUAGCAACUACAUCCUGGGCCGUUUACUACCCCUAUCUGACUCUGUCUCUGAUGAUGUAUUCGAGUGAGAAUCCGAAACGUCAGGCUAAUAAAGCUCUUGUUCCAGCGAUCGUGUCUCCUUCUUCGGACUUUUCCUUUUUCUAACGAUAGUUUCAGAUCAGCCCAAAUUCCUUUCGGUAAGCUUAUAUGAUGAUGCCAUUCGCAAAGGACUGCCUGGCUAGUACGCUGUGAACCUGUUAGUGAACCUAGAAGAUUAGAUGUUAUCCACGACCCCACCGCAUAGACCCUCGCGUUCAAGUAUUCCGCACAGGCCAACCUUAUAGAGUUAAGAAAUUAAGUUUUGUCGAUUAGGCGUCAACAAUUAUGGAGGAAAAUGCUGCAGCUUAUUAAACUUGAAAGAAGUCCGUAACUUUUAUUGACACAUGUUUUUGUUGGUAAGGGUCGUGCAGAUGUUUCCUUCGACCCCUUUCUCUCCCGCCAACAGCUUACUGUACUCUGCUAAUAGAAGCGAAGGGACGAGUCCCAGGAAGCAGUCGUGAAGAAGGAGGCACGAUUGCUGUAACAAGAGCUUUAUUUGCCUGACGUUUUGGAUCCCUGCUCGAACCUAUCACCAGAGACUACAACAUAUACGAUGUAUCUGUUGUUGUUCCAGCGAUUGUGUCUCCUCCUUCAGUGCCGUACUCUGUUUAGCCAAUCUACCAGUAACUCGUUACGGUCUUUAUCAGGUACAGGCUCCAUUGUGUCUGAGGGUAAGCAUUUUAGGAUGUCCCGUGUCUCCUCGGGUAGGGCAUUUUACGGCUGUGCCGUCUGACGCUUAGCAGGCAGUUUGCCGAUAGCCUUGCCAAAUUCCCUUUUUCCUAUUUUCUUACAGAUGGUGUACACAUGGGUUUUCAGCCAACCACGCAUUUACCACCCGCUUCCUGGCUCAGAUAA